AUGAAUGAUGAAUACAAAGAACAAGAAACAGCAGAGCAUAAAGAAGUUGAUACUGGUUCUGAAGAUACAAAAUUCCAAGAAACAAUUUCAAAAGCAUUCGAAGAUUUGAAAAAUAACCAAAAUUAUUAUAAAUCUCUCACUAUUUUGAAUUCAAAUAGAGAAAAAAUAUCCUUUGAUGAUGAUUCGGUUUCAUUCUUAUUCAACAUAUUUCCCAACAUUCAUUCAGUAGCAGAAACAACCAUUUAUAUACACCUUAUUACGUAUGUUAUUGAUAAUUAUAAUAGAAUUAUAUUAGAGUUACCUGUUUAUUUUCAAGAUUUAAUAAUUUACUUAAAAGGAGAUGAAUUGCCACCAGAAUCGUUAUUUACACGCUUCAGAAACCAUGAAUUUAUGAAAUUCCGACAAGUUUAUGCUGAUUUUUGUUUUUUAUUCUACAAAUUAAUGGAAAAAUAUCAAGAAUUAAUGAAUCCUUACUAUGAUGACUACAUCUCUUUAUUGAUUAGAAACAUGAACUUAUUAGAUCAGCCUAAUCUUGUUGAUAUUUCUUUUGAUUAUUUUGUGAAGUUAAUUGAAAGCUCUUCAAUCGAGAAUAUUGAUUUCAUGUUGAUUUCUAUUAGUAUGUUAGAUUCAAAAGACAAAUUUAUUACGAUUUCACUGAAAAUUUGUCAAAAAGGUGAAGAAUUUUUAGCAGAAUAUCAAAGGCACAUGUCUAUUGACAAUAUUUUUGAUUGUCUUGAUGAUGGAUUGACGUUAUAUAGUUCGUUCUUUGAUUUGUUAGCAAAAUAUGUCAAAUCAAAUGAUGAAUCAUGUGAUUUUCUAUACAAUAAGCAAGAUUUUUAUGAUAUAUGUCAUCAACUAAUAGUCAAUUCUCCAAAAUAUUUUCUGGAUAAUUAUUUACCUCAUAUUUUGGAUUUAUUAAGAGAUAUGAUUAUCAAAAUCGGAGAUAAUUUCGUGCAGAAGUUGUUUGAGAACCUUAUAUUCCAUGAAUUGUUAAGAUUGAAUACAAAAUACUCUGAUGUCGCUUCCAUUGCUGAUUUUAUGCUAAACUUAUUCAACUCCGAUAUAAUAAGCAAUGAUUUUCGUUCAAAAUUGAUAAAUUUAGGAAUAAUUGAGAUUAUUGAAAACUCCUUUGAAAGUGGAGUGACAGAACUCUGUAGAUUAUCUAUCAAUGCUAUAGAAAUCACUUAUGAAUUGAACCCAUCUUCAAUUUCUGCAUUUGUUAAUGAAAAUUUGGAUAUGGAAUUUGAUGAUGAACAAAACGAUGAAAUGUGGUUUAAUUUUUGUAAGUCGCAUGAUCUUUUAGAAUAA